AUGCAGAGGAGAAUACAGAAGUCAGACACUGAACCAAAGUCAUUCUUCCAAUUCAAGAGCUACCAGAAGAAUCUGCGACGCCCAGCUCUCUGCUGCCGAACGCGCUGGGCGAGGAAAAUGCUGCCCGUAUGCCUUCUUCUUGCUGCUGUGUGUCUGCAGGGGAGUCUGCUGCAGGAGGCCGGGACCAGGGACCAGAGAAAGCCAUUCUUUGAAAGGUUUAGGAGACUUGAGGAGCAGUUUCGUCGGUUUCAGGAGGUGACACUGCUGCGUCUCCAGGGGAUCGCCGGGAAUUACAACAUUUCCUACAACAUCGACACCAGGUUCCGGCUCCUGGCGGAUCAGUACGACACCGUUGCGGCUGCUCUCAACGCGUCGCAUGCCGCCCUGUGGGAGGACCUGGGCUCUUUGAAAACCUGGAUGAAGAAGCUACAGAGAAGAACCAAAAAGCUGGCUUCUAAACUCUCGUCGUUGGCUGAGUCCCUGAGCGAAAGCCGCAAGCAGAGCUCUGGGGAGAGGCUGCAGCAGAGCGCUCUUCUGUCCAACCUAACCCUGCAGACUGCAGGCCACACGGCGGACCUCAUUGCCCUGCGCGCCAGCAGGAACACCCUACAGAAAGAGCUGGAGAGCCUGCGGGAGGCCAGUCGGAGCCAGGGAACCAAACUGGAGGCUCUGGAGCAGCAGCUGAAGAACACGCUGCACAAGGAGGUCCUGGCAUCUGGGCACCAUGAGCUGGCUGCGGCCCAACGACUGAACCAGACACCCCAGGACAAGCUGCUGGAGGCAGGGGGAAGCCAGGGACACAGCGUGAAGAAGCUGCAUGCCAAGCACAAACAAAGGAAGAAGCUGGGGGAGAAGAGGCAGCAGCUCCUGGCCCAGGCUGCAAAGAGGAGGCUGCAGAGUAGCCUGUUCCAUGGCAAUAAGACCCCCGGGCAGGAGAGACAGCCAGAGACACCCACUGUGCCAGAGCCACAAGCUGCCAGGCAGCAGCUCCGCAGGGUGGCCAAGAUCUCACAAGAGCAGCUGCAGUCACUGUCACCUGAGAAGCCAGGCACAAUUUGCAAUGUGGAUUCCAUGCUGCUUUUCCCCAACGCGUCCACUGAAAACUUUGCCACCUUCGGCCAGGGCUUCCAGACCGGCCUGCACGAGCUGUCGGUCUGCAGCUGGGUGAGCACCCACGCUCGCUCCCUGGGCACCAUCCUGUCCUACGCCACGGAGGAGAAUGACAACAAGCUCGUCCUGCAUGGCCGGAACACCGCAGCCCUGGCCUCCAUCCACUUCGUCAUCGGUGACCCAGCUUUCCGGGAGCUGCCGGUGGGGCAGCUCCUGGACGGCGGAUGGCACCACAUGUGUGUCAUCUGGUCCUCCAUCCAGGGCAAGUACUGGUUCUAUGUGGACAGGAGACUGGCAUCCACGGGCUCCAAGUUCCAGGAGGGCUAUGAGAUCCCCCCCGGCGGGUCGCUUGUUCUGGGUCAGGAGCAGGAUGUGGUCGGGGGUGGGUUUGACCCCUCAGAAGCCUUUGUGGGACGCCUGAGCGGCUUUGCCAUCUGGAACCGCACUCUGAUGCCUGGGGAGGUGUCCAGCAUAGCGAUCGGGAAGGGCCUGCCCCGUGGCACCAUCCUGAGGCUGGCUGAUGUCUCCUCCCUGAAUGGAUCAGUACAGAAGGUGAAUUGCACCUGCCUGGAACACUGUUUGUAA